UAAUUAUUGUUCUAUCAAUCUAAUUGUUAUUGUUUUAGUUUUUGUUUUUCGUUGUCCACCUCGAGGUCGAGAACUUGGACGAGAUGUCGUCUGAAAACUCUCCGGAUAACAAAGACGGUGGUCGGGGUGGUGGUGGAUCCCCCAAGCAAGACAAGUGGUGCACUUUGGCAAGGCAGCAGAUUAUUGACUAGAGUGACUUCUGGUUUUGCAACAAGUGGUCAGCACCAAGUUCAUAGCAAUAUCACUGUCUCUCUAGUUCCACAGGCGUCAGGGAAAGAAGAAGACGAAAAACAAACUCCAAGAGCUCUAGGUCUCCCUGCUGGGACGAGUGUAGUCUUAGGGCCCUCAAAAAUGCAGAAAAUCCUUAGCGGCGACAAAAAAGGAGUAGAACUCCUAAGAGAUCCAGUUGCAAAUAGAGAAUUGGCUUUCACGCAAGCGGAGCGCGCACAACGUAAAGAUAUUUUUUUUUGAAAUUGGAGUUGUAAUUCAUUGUUUUCUUCAAAUAUGUAAUAUGAUGAUGCACAUGAAGAUCAAUACAAUGUAUGAUACUUACAUGGUUAUCUGUCUAACUAACGUAUCUAUACACCUUCACGCUAGAAAUUUCAUCAUUCGUCUUAUAAUCAUGUUGAAGAUAACCGUAUGUGAAAUCGAAUCACGAAGCCGUUAGCGCGGGUGUGUACCUACCAACAGUAUUCGUUUCUCGUCUCUCUCGUCUUGUUCCAGUUUUUAUGGUUAAGAAAGUGAAUGAUCUGCAACUUCUAUUAGUAUUUCUACCAGCCGCGGUGCCUAUACGUAUACCGCGCCCACUCUUCCAAUUUAUUUUUAGUACUAAGUCAUAACUUCGUAACAAAAACAAUUACAAUCACUAACGCUACUUUGCUGCCUCCUUAUCAACAGAUGGUUUGCGAGGCUUAUUACCUGUAGCUGAACUGACCUUGCAGCAGCAAGUCGCAAGACAAUUGGAGCUUUUUCGCAAAAGAAAAACGGCUUUGGAAAAGCACUCGUUCUUGGACGACCUGCACAAUAAAAAUGAAACGCUCUAUUACCGCUUUCUCCUCGAUCACUUCUCUGAGAGUCUCCCCUUCGUAUACACACCGACAGUCGGAGAAGCGUGCCAGAACUAUUCCAACCUCUUCGCGCAACAAAGGGUACUAGAAUUUUUUUAUCUCUUUGUGGUAGUGCUAGAGUAGGUGUAGUUCAAGAGUAGCCAUGUGCGUCUGCAUCUUGUGCGCGUCGUCUUCAUGUCUAUGCUUAUCCUCGUCAAUUAUUGUGACCUUUAAAGCAAGCGUCGUGAUUUAGCUCCAGCACAAGCAUCUAGAAUAUUAUGUGAUGUGCUCUACCAGUACGAUCUCCACCUCGUCCUACAACAGCCGCGUGGACUUUUUAUGUCGAAGCCUGACCGCGAGCAUUUCGACGAGGUAUGUCGGAACUGGAGCGAGGAUGAUGUGGAGAUCAUCGUGAUGACGGACGGUAGCCGUAUCUUGGGUCUCGGCGACUUGGGUGUCAACGGUAUGGGCAUCCCAGUCGGAAAGCUAGCGCUCUACGUCGCAGCCGCUGGCUUCCAUCCAGCUAAAGCACUACCGGUUACCAUUGAUAUGGGGACCAACAAUGAGAAGAACCUAGCGGAUGAGGGCUACGUUGGAGUGCGAGAACGACGGCCGCACGACGAAGAAUUUUACGCGACGAUGCGCGAUGCGAUCACUGCCAUAUCCAAGCGCUGGCCCAAGGCUCUGUUACAGUUUGAAGACUUCUCAAACGAACACGCGUUCGGACUGCUGGAGGAAUACAAAGAUAAGACGCUGUGUUUCAACGACGACAUCCAGGGCACCGCUGCUACGGUGCUGGCGGGACUCCUGGCCUCGUUGCGCAUUCAGAGGUGCGCACCUCCGGGAGCCACAGAUGUCCCCGUGAGGCUGCGGGACCAACGAAUCGUCUUCCUCGGCGCUGGCUCAGCCGGGGUAGGGGUCGCGGAUCUGAUCGCGGAAGGUAUGUAUCUAGAAGCAAUUGCAGCAGGUGAAGACCCCGCCAAAACGAAAACAGUAGACUGGUAUCGCAAAAACAAUUUUUGGCUCAUCGAUUCGAAAGGCGUUGUCAAUGCAUCAAGAGGCGACAAACUGCAAGCCCACAAGAUUCGCUACGCACGCGAGGACGCGGACAGCGCAAAACUCUUACGCUGUGAAAAGUCUACUUUCUCGUCUUUUUAGAAGUAGAAGCAGAUGUAAAAUCUUUGAAAGAACAUUGCCUUUAUUACGACAUCGAGGACAGCAGGAGCUACAGCUUGUUGCCUGCCUCUAAUGUUUCGUACACUUGCUGACGCUGUUGCUGAAGUAAAGCCGACGAUGCUUCUCGGCUUAGCGGGUGUUGUCGGGGGAAGCUUUACGCAAGCGAUCGUGAAGCGUAUGGAUAGUGACUGUGCGGAUGUCUGGCGCAGGCCAAUUAUUAUGGCUUUAUCCAACCCCACGAGUCAGGCGGAAUGCACAGCUGAACAGGUGUAUAAUUGGACCGAGGGACGCGCGAUCUUCGCCUCCGGCAGUCCCUUCGCGCCUGUGACGUUGACGACCACAACAAAUAUAGGCAAAGGAGUUGGCGGUGAGAGGAAGGUAAUUCACACAGGCCAGGGAAACAACAUGUACAUUUUUCCGGGAGUUGGGUUUGGGGCAGUUCGAAGCGGUGCGUCCCGCGUCACCAACAGCAUGUUCCACGCGGCUGCACGAGCACUCGCAGAUACAGUCACGGUGGAAGAUCUGCAGAGAGGAAGUGUCUACCCGGAGCUGUGGAGAAUCCGCGAGAUAACCUUGAAAGUAGCCGCAGCCACCUGCGAAGUUGCAGAUCGUGGUUGUUUGACCAAAUCGCGCCCCCCGCCCAAUGGCUGGCUCGACCACCUGCAGCAGACAAUGUGGUGGCCGACUUUAACCUAUCCGGGAGCCACGAAACCUGACAACGAGAGCAAACUUUGAUGCUGCAUUUUUUGAAGAUCAUUUUUACACACAAGACAAUGACAAACCAUGAAAGAACUCAGAAAAUUUCGAGGACAGUUUCAGGUGGAAUCCACGCAUGCUGCGGUGUGAAGAAUGCAGUCCUUCGAAUAACGACAGGCUUGAUGUGCUUCUUCCUCGGACAAAAGUCCCGUCAAGCGCUCACGUGCUCCUUAUGGUUUUUUUCAGUGCUUAAUACCCGAAGCCUAUGUUGCUGAACUCAAUAAACCCUAUUCAUUUCCCUGCACCUGUUGCAGAAUAUUUUUUGAACUACUUCUACUAGCAAUCUUCCAGAACUACACCUCUGAUGCUUGCUACGUAGGCUUACAACUAUUCUUAAUUUUUGUCUUUUCCUUCCAACGUAAACUUUAGGCGAAUCAUCCUCGUCGGCACUCCCUUUCCGGCGUCACUUCACUAGAAUUGGAGUACGCUCCUGGUACUACACUUUGUAUAAAAUGUGUAAGUACAUACUACUGGAUCAUCUACUGUCUGGCUGUAUUAGUGUGGAAUCAAGGGAGUUAUCAUUUUUCCAUGAGCAUGAGCAUGAAGCUGAAAAUGAUCAUCAUCAUUUUGGAAUUGACAUGAAAGCGAUGACAACUUUGUAAAUAUUUCUAAUACAGAUAUGAUAAUGAACGACAAUAUUUUCUUAAGGUUGUUCGACCUGCAUGUUGGAGUUUUCCAACAUAAAAACUUUGCAGCUAGAGCUCCUGCGCGGUCCCAACGCCAUAGGCCUACUGCAUGAAACUAUAUCUAACUCGUCAGGUCUAGGGGUAGGGCACCGUUGAGGUGAUAAAUUUUCGAGGAGCUUCUAGUUCUUUUCUUAAUGACCUCAUUGGUACCGUCUCGGUCUCUAGGUUAUUUUCGUGUAUUAUUUUCAUGCUCUCGUAGCCACGGAUUCUGCACUCUUGCUUAUGCUUGAACUUCAGCAAGGCCUAUGCACGAGUGCUUAUACCCCCUCGCAGGGGCCGCUAGCCUGCCGGCGAAAACCACCGCGUAGCCCAUCUGUUCUGCAUGUAAGAGAGUGCCAGAAAAACACCAAAUAGAAGGGAGACUGCGGUGAAGGGCAUACGCAUACUGCUGAUUGGGAAUAUGUUAUCUUCCAGAUUAUACUGGUAGUACAACUUCUAUAUGUGAUUGGUAGAAAGUGAUGACGAAGAUAUUUUUUCUUGCCCGCUCUUCAUCACGCAGAAAGGCGUGAGUAUUUUUUCUCCACCCUUUUGCUUUCGCUUAAUAAAAAGAUGAGAAGCAAUAUAUGGUUUCUCAUCUGCUAAUGGAAGCUAAACAAGCAUCCAGAGAUUGAGGUGAGCGAUCGCCGUAUUCAUUGCGCGAUGAAAAGUUGACCAACAUUGAAACCUUACGAUGAAAAUGAGAGGGCAAUGAUGAUAAAAUCAUCCUUGAUUAUCUACCACUCCCAGUCGGGGGGACAAAUUCAAUACUUUACGCGUCGCGGGUCGUGGUUUUCUAUGUUGCGUUCGUUAUGGGGCUCCUGAGACGAACAAGACAAAAUCAUGCCAGUUAAUUCUGUAACAACGACUUGUAGAAGAUGAGAGGAAGAGGAAUAAGAGUACCAAUAAAGCAAAACGAAU